GUAGGAAGCUUCUAGAUUGAGUGAUGUUUUCAGGCAGUAUGCUCAUCAUGAGGCUUGUUUUGGGUAAUUUGCUUCUGUUGCUUGCUCUCGGACCCUGCUUCAAGUCCACUGAUGCACAAGAGACAACAACAAAGACAGAUGAAAACACCACCAACCCAUUACCAAAUAAUGACACUGUGGAGUCAACUUUAAGUUCUGAAAUCACCAGUGCCACACCUGAAAAUACAGUAACUCUACUACAGACAGAAGCGGAUCCGCAUAAUCCAGAAACCACGCUUGUUAAUGAAAUAAACACCAUGCUUGAGGAACCAACAGGUGAGAGUACUCCACCACUGAGUAUUGAACAAACAUCACCAGAAUCUGUUCCUGAAACAACAACUGUACAAACGGAGCAGACCACAGUGACCACCCCUACUUUGCCUGUUAAUGUGGAAACAACAGUGAUUGAACAAAUAACUUCAGACGCCCCAAGCACAAGUCAGUAUGAAACAACUGUUGGCUUCACCUCUCCUGAGUCGACCAGUUCUACAGAAUGUCCUACAGAUGAAAUCACCACAGCGGCUGUAGCCAUGACUACUGAUUCAACAGAAGCCCUCAAUCCCACAUCCAUCCUGACCACACCACCUGCAGACUGGACUGAGUCUCCGUCCAUCAUGUCCGACCCUGUGGACACCAGCACUGAAACCUCCACUUCAACUUCAACAACAUCAACAUCGACUACACAGCUCCCUCAAAAUACUGCUGAUUACCCAUACUCGAGGUCUGACGAAGAAUCAGCCUCCACCCAUUUCACCACCGCAACAACCGGCGUGAUUAUUGGGGGAAAAAUUAUGUCCUGGAAAACCAGCUGGUUAUUAAUAAUAAUAGUGUUUGUGGCCAUUAUUUUUGCGCUGUGUGUGGGCAUGAUUCUGUUCACCCAGCAGCGAAAGAAAAACGCCUCAAGGAAUUUCAGCCCCAUGUAUAUGAAUGGACAAAGUAAACGGUCCAAAAAGAAAAAAGGGGCGGAGGAUGAUGCGUGGGCGGGGCCUGUCAAACUGGAGGCGGGGGUUGAAUGUGACGCUGAGGAGGGUCUAAUGCCUAAUAAUGGGAAACAGGAUGGAGACGAUAUGGUGCUCAGGACAUUCGCUGCUCUGGAUGCAGCAGAUGCCUCUAAUGGUGGAGUGGGUGGGGACGGUACCAAGGAGGCUAAGAAAUGGGAGGAGCAGGAGCCUCUGCUUUACACAGACGAAGAUGUGAAUGAAGGCAAGACUGGAAAAACACUGGAAGAGAGCGAGAAACGGAAUGGAGAUGAAAAAAGUGAAGAGAAGGUGAUGAACGGAGGAGAAACGUUCUGUCUCACCACAGCGGUCUGAAAGUCUUCUGUUGACUAAAUGAACAUUAAGGAAUUCAUUGGAAUGACUUGAUUACAUAAUUUGUGUUAACAAAUUAGGACUAAAAGGACUAAGUAAUAUAUUUUUGUAUAUAUUAUUUGACUGUCGCGAUUCAUUAUCAGUUGUUUUAUAUUUAAAAGUGCGGUCAUAUUAGCCAAACUUCUGCGAAAUUUUGCCGGCAAAAAAAUAGUAAUUAUUGUCAAUAGUGUGCUGAUGUGUGAAUCACAGUUAAUAUAGAAAUUAAGUUUGAAACCAAGCAGCACUCCAUUCGUUAAAAUGGCGAAUUCAUAUGACCAACUGAACCCAUUGCAAAAUAUUUGUGGGGAAAGCUUUAACCCUCAUGCAAAUUUGCAGCCUGCAUGGAUUGCUAUUGAAAUGACUGGAUUUCACCAAUGAAAAUUUGUCAAACAAUGUGACCGCACUUUAAGACGAGAUAAUGGCUGAAUUAAUUAAACAUCAUCAUUCAUCCAUUUCAAAUGUUUGCUAUGAUGUAGCUAAAAACACACAGUCUGUAUCUUUAUCCACAUCUAAAGAUACAGUUGUAAUUGGCUACCGGAAUGAGGUUAUUGACAGUGCACAUAAAUUCAUUGAUCACGGCACACAAUGUUGAUGUUAAAAAAAACAGCUAACCUUUAAGAUUUUAAGACUUACAUUCUGAGAAUGAAACUUUUGUUUACUGUAAGCAUAGAGAUGUAUGGCAUAGAAUAUUAAUGAUGGCAAAAUAUGCAAUAAAAUGUUUAUAUUUUUAAAAUACAAA